AUGGAAGAAGAAUUGAGAUGUUACGUGUGUAAAGGGUUCUACAGAGAGCCUGUUUUGUUACCUUGCGGCCACGCACUAUGUCGGCUUUGUGCAGUUAAUUUACAAACUCAUGUUCCUGAGGCAGAUAAUGCAUCGGCGUCAGCAUCUGACUAUCAAGAAGCAGACAAAGCCUCUGUCUCUAGCGAAACUGAUAGUGGAGUAGUUUGUGGUUCAAGGCCCAACAGCUAUGCUGGGACACCAGCUGCACCAAUUUACCCAUCCACAGCAUUUAGCCUAUCUUGCCCCAUAUGUAACAAGCAAAUUUACAUGGAUGAUAAUGGUGCUGAAGGUUUGCCACCCUUCCGUGUAAUGCGGACUAUUGUUGAAAGAUUUGGUGGUGUCAACAUUGCACCACCUGCUGAAGAAGCAUGUCAGAUGUGUGAAGGAGAAAAACGUGCUGCUGUAGUGCGAUGUGAGCAAUGUUCUGUGAGGUACUGUGCUAAUUGUAGAGAUGCUUGGCAUCCAAUUCGAGGACCACUUGCCCAACAUGAGUUACGAGCAUUGGGAACAACUUGUGGUGAUCAUGGAGCUACUCCUGUACUAUAUUGUAAUACAUGUCUUAUACCAAUUUGCCAAAGGUGCCUUGCUGAAAAACAUUCUCAACAUGAAACACAGCCUCUAUCAAAUGCAGCUAGAGCUCACAAGACUGAUCUAUCCCAAUCUUUGACACAACUGUCUGAAGAAGCAAAAGCUGUUACGGAGUAUAUUCAGUUAGUUAAGGGAUCUGGGGACAAAGUAAAUGAAUCCUGUGAAGAAUUAGAAAGGCAAAUUGAUCAAGCAUGUGCAGAAAUAACUCGUGCUGUUGAAAGACGACGAGAUGAAUUAGUACGGGCAGCAAGAAAUACAAGAUCACAGGCGGCAACAAACAUGCGUACCCUGACAGCGCAUGCUGCACAAAAGCUGAGAGAAGCAACUGCUCUGUUACACUUCUCAAUUGAAGCACUAAAGGAAACUGAUCAUGCUGCCUUUCUUCAGGUUGGUAACAUCUUAGCCGCACGUGCACAAGAUACAGCGAGUGGCCUCCGUGAGUCUCUUGAGACACCACCCUCACCACCCGCCCUUACACUCGACAUUGAGCCUGUAUUACGUACAGUCAAGACUAUGAACUUUAUCGAAUGCAUACCGCCAGGAGCCCCUGAAAUGGCCGUUGAAGCGUGCGCGGCGCGCGGUUGUUCGUGCACGUUAGCGUGGCGGCCGCCCGUCGCACCGCACGCUGUUCGGGGAUAUAUAUUGGAACUGGACGAUGGCUUAGGAGGACUAUUUCGAGAAGUGUACUGUGGCCGUGAAACAGUGUGUACAAUAGAUGGUCUCCAUUAUGCGUCAUUAUAUAGUGCCAGAGUAAAAGCAUUUAACGGGGCUGGUGAAGGGCCGUAUAGCGAAGUUAUCGGACUACAAACGUCACCAGUGGCGUGGUUCUCAUGGGACGCGCGAUGCGCCAGCGGCGAAGGCGUGUCUGUGUGCGCCGAAGGCCUAAGCGCUCGGGCCGCUGGCUGGCAGCCCCGAGUCGUGUUGGCCGAUCAGCCGUUAGCUCGCGGCGUGCAUUACUGGCGCCUUCGAAUUGACCACUACGAUGGGGACGCUGACCCCGCCUUCGGGAUCGCGAGAGCUGAUGUUGCUAAAGAGAAAAUGCUAGGUAGCGACGCUCUGGGCUGGGCUAUGUACAUAGACGGUUCUCGGUCUUGGUUCGUGCACGGCGGGGCUCACGGCGGUCGAGCGCCUGGGGGCAUCGCCCCUGGAUCCACCGUGGGCAUUUUACUAGACCUCACGAGGGGCACCCUUCGAUUCACCGUCGAUGACCAGCCACAGGGCGACAUAGCAUUUACAGGCCUUCGUGGUGCGUUUUACCCAGCUGUGUCACUAAAUCGUGGCGUAGCUGUCACAUUACAACCAGGUCUGCCACCACCGCCUGAUCUACUUAUCUCCACUCUUGCCAUAGAAUAG